UAUGAAAAGAGGAGGAUCAUUGGCAUUUUUUGAUUCUGAGUUCUCAAAAUAGCUACUACAAAAAACUGAAAGGAAAAAGUCGAAUACACCUUCUAAACUACAAGAAUCAAAUGGAGAGUUAUUUUCUUAAAGUCCCUUAUAAGUCACAUUAAAGUAUUAUUUAUGAAUAUUCAUAGUACAAUACCAGUUGACUAAUUUGAAUUAUAUGGUUUGAUGAGAAGUAAUAAGUAAACAAAAUAAAAUUCACCUGCUAUUUCAUUUAAUAAUAUGACAACUCAAACUUAACUUAUAUAAACAACUAUUAAAGUAUUUCAUGAAAAAUAUGAAACCAUAAAGAUUUUAAAAGAAAACAAAUAAUGUCAAGUAAGUUUUUAAAAUUAAUAUUAGAUUGUAUAAUGUAGAAAUCUAUUCACUAAAGAAUAUGUUGUGGCAAAAAUAUGCACUUAAUACUAAAGUGUAAUUAUAUUAAGUUAUUUUAGUAUGAAAUCAAUAGUGAAAUUAGAGUGAGCAAAACCUUAUAAAAAUAUCCACAUUCAAAUUUGAUGAAAUUGUUGGAAAUGUUUACUGAUAAGGAUACUCACAUCUUUAUUUAUGAAUAUAUGUAUGGUAAUACUUUAUUUGAAUACAUGCAACAAAAGCACCUUAAAUUAAAUGAGUCAGAGAUUAAAGCUAUAUUUAAACAACUGUUAAAAGCUCUAAAACAUUUACACUCUCAUAAUAUUAUACAUAGAGACUUAAAACUUGAUAAUAUAAUGUUUAAAACUAAAGGGGACAUUAAAUCAUUAAAAUUAAUUGAUUUUGGUUAUGCCACAUUUCUAUCAGACACCAAAAAUAUGAACUCCAGAUGUGGAACUCCUGGUUAUGUUGCUCCUGAAAUAUAUGAAGAAUCAUAACCUUAUAACUAAUUAUGUGACAUAUAUAGUCUAGGGGCUGUUGUACACAUCUUGGCUACUGGAAAGCGAAUAUAUUCAUCAAAAUUGACUCCAAAAGAAAUUUGUGAACUAAAUAAAAAAAAUCGAUAUGAGAUUAGUGAGAAUCUUAAAUGUCCUUUGUUAUAUGAUCUUAUCACCUAAAUGUUACAAGAUUCAAACAAUAGACCAUCUGUUGAUAAGUGUCUGAUUCACCCUUAUUUUAUCAAACUAUCUGACCUAAAGAAUUCUCAAGAACACAUAAAUCAAUAGUAAUAUUACAUUUAUUUCUUUUAGAAUAUAUGAACUUGCAUUACCAAAAUUUAAGAAUCCUUUUAAAUCUUACUAAUGAU